AUGAGAUGGACCAGGCUAUGACACGCACCAUAGUGCAGUAUCAGCAACGCAGAGAGGUAGCGCGGCAGGGAAUCGCACUAGCUUCGCGCUACCAGGGGGAGCUGAUCUUCAGUACUGGACAGGUGGUUCCCUUUGCCGAUCUAAACGAUACGACGUGGCGUCAGCUAGGCAGGCUGGAUGUUUUAUACGUCGAGGCGAACGAGUCGUAUCGGAAUCUGCUGGAGAUGGUUCACCAGGUGUCCGAUGCAGAUCAGAUCACUCAGCAACUAACCGACUUUGUGCAGGCGGUGACAGAUAACCUAACGGAGCUAGCCGACAAGCGUAGAAAUGUAGAGUUUAAUCUUAAUGAAAAGGAGCUGAACAUCCAGGAACUCAACGUUGCUCAGGAAGAACGAUUGGCCAGCGUAACACAAGCGAUCAACGGCUACGACAAUAAAAUUCGCGUUAUCUACAACUUUCUAGCAGAUGUCCUCGUAGAGGUGGAUGUAUUGGAAAAUAGAACGGACGAUAUCAGACUGAUGUUGGAUUCGAAGUCGUUGGCUGCAGAGGCAUUAUUAGAGAGAGCGGAAACCCUAUCUUUAAACAUUAGUAAUGCCUUCGUAGAUGUGGAGAUGGCUGAGUCGGCUGUUUAUACACUUGAGGGCGCUGCGUCUGCCGUGCUGUCAGACAUAGCAGACGCGCAGGAGACGGUCGCUGGCUACCUGCAGACGACGCAGCUCGUGCAGAACCAAUCACAGGUCGCACUGAACAGAUCCAACCUGGUCAUGGCUACACGACUGCCACCUAUCGACCAGUUGAUGGCAGUGACGCGGCAGAUCAACCAGAUGUCGGUCGACGACGACAUUCUACUGGAUGCGAUCGUGACGUCACUCAAUGCAGUCAACGAUGCGCAGCAUAUAGAGCAGCUCUCUCAGCAAGCGAUAGAGGAAGCUCAGCUGACCUUACAACAGGUGACCAUCAUCAGUGAACACAUCAGUACAGUGAAGUUUGCUAGUAGGAUGGUCCGCUCGCUGAAUCGCGACUCACAGGGCACGAAAACCACCAUCGAGCAAAUGAUCGACGAGGUGCAGACCAUCGUGCAGGCGGAUAACGAGGAGCGAGCGACUGCUAGAGCAGCUGUCGGCGCUACAGAACGACGUCGACGUCGCCGAGCAGUGUCUGGACGUCGCCAACUAUAGGCAA